GGUGCUGCUCCGAGCAGCGAUGAUCCUAGCAGCGAUCGCGCUGACGCCGGUCGCGUUCCAGCCGAGGCUCGCGUCGAGGAGUGCGCGGUCGCUGGCACCGUGCAUCUCCUGCUGCGAUUCGCCGCCAACCACGCCGCCGCGCGAGCGCUCGACCGAGGUGGACGCACGAGGCUUUGUCGUGCCACAGGUGGGCGACGUAGUCAAGAUGCCCUCCAAGUGGCCUGGCGAGUGGGAGGUCGCGCAGGUUGACUUCGUCCAGGCGGUUGGCUCGCGCUCCACCGUCGAGGUGGACCUGCUGCCGCUCAAGAGCAUCGGCGACGGUCUCUACCGCCUGUCCGGCCGCAAGCCGGCGGCGGUGCGGGCAGACAUCGCAAAGCUCGGCCGGCUCGACUCGGAGUACGUCCGAGAGGUGGACGGCUACCGAGUCGACGAGAGGCAGCUGCAGCCCAUCGUGCCGCGCCCUGCCCCGAAUGAGGCGACCACGCAGCUCGGCCUCGAGGAGUACGCGAAGCUAAAGGCGGAAAUCCUCAUAGAGGCGGCGCUCGUCGGCGCCGCGGGCGCCGCGGUGUGCUACGCCGCCCUCGGCUCAGACGGCGCAGCUGCCUUUGGGCUCGGAUCUCUUGCCGGCUGCACCUACCUCGCCCUCCUCUCCACCGAGAUCGACAUGGUCGGGCCGAGCGGCGAACCGCCUCCAAAGGCGCUGCAGAUCGCAGCAAGCGGGCGGCUCCUUCUCCCCGUCGCGCUGAUGGUCGGCCUGACGGCGGCGCGCGGCGGCGGGAGCGCGACGGCCCUCUCGCUCCUCCCGCGCGAGACUUUCUUCGCCGCCGCAGCCGGCUUCCUCUCGUACAAGGCGCCGCUGCUCGCAAAGCAAGUCGCGCGCGGGCUGCAGGACCUCUCAGAGGCGGGCAAGGAGAAGGCGGAGGCGGCCGCCGCCGACGCGAGCAGCGGCGGGUCUGAGCCUCUCGCGCCGCAGCAGCUGGUGCUCGCCGGCCCGUCCGGCGUCGGCAAGUCGACUCUCGUCGCCGCGCUGCUGCAGGCGCGCGAGGCGAGGCGGCGGAGCCUGGCCGCUUCGGUUUCUCCGUCUCGCGAGGUGGAGGGCGAGGACUACCGGUUCGUGUCGACGAGCGAGUUCGACGCGAUGGUGGAGCGCGGCGAGUUCAUCGAAUGGGCGACCAUCGGCGGCCACCGGUACGGCACGACGGUCGCGUCGGUGCAGGCGCUCGCAGCCGAGGGCAAGGUUUGCGUGCUCGACGUCGACGCGAUCGCCGCUCGCUCCGACUUGCGGCCAUAUUGCGUGUGGGUCGCGCCGCCUUCGUUUGGCGCGCUGCGAGAGCGUCUGACGGAGCGCGGCACCGAGUCGGAGGAGGAGAUUUCGCGGCGAGUGUUGCGCGCCAGGGAGGAGAUCGAGUUCUCCCUCACGACGCGCUGCUUCGACAAGGUGAUCGUCAACGACGAUUUCGACGCCGCGAGCCGAGAGCUGCGCGAAGCCGUCCUUGAGGCUCUCGCACCGUCGGCUUGA